CGAUGACGUAAACAUCCGGGCACUACUUGCGGUCGAGGCCCCAACUUUUGGCUUCACCUCGGCUUCCACUGCCGCCACCCUCGGCCCUUCCUUGCCGGUCUCUCUCGGCCCGCACGGCCCCGCAACGUUCGGUCGAGCCCUCGCCGCCCUCCCGCUUCACCCGCGCGUCCACCACCAUUCCCGGCGGCUUCCCACAAGCGAGGCCUAGUCGCGCUCGGGCCCCCCCCUCCUUGCCUGGGCCCUCCCGCCGCCCCAACCCCCGGUCUCGGCUGGGCUCGAACCGCCCUCCCAACGGGAGUCUUCCUCGUUCUCGAUGCUGGGCGAUAAUUGCGGCCGCCGAGCGCCGGAUGUUUGUCCAAUGAUCACGCAGCGUUAGGGCAGCAAGAGCGUUGCGGGACGCGGCGAGCAGAGUCGCGAGCGUACGUGGCGGCAUUGUUAUAGAAUUAUCCGUGGCGAAGCGCGGGCGGUGAAGCGGCGAGGCCACAAAGGACGAGAGGUCUGGGGGCGGAGAGCGGUGGCGGCUCUGAGCGAAGCGGAGAUUUGAGCAGCAGAAGCAGCAGGCCUCUCGGCUGAAAGCAACCAACAGCGCCGGCAAAACAAAACCCCCAACGCGAGCAGCGACGAGAGUUCACAACAACUGGUCCACGCCGACACCACGCCAAACAUAAAGAACCCUCCCCCCCCCAAACGGGCGGCCUCGCAACAACGGCAGGUUCACGAAAGGGCAGCCGGGAACGACGGCGUCGGUGACGGCAGCGGGGAACAACAACAGCUGUGGGGAACAACAACAACAGCAGCAGCUUCGAGAAACAGCAUCCACACUCUCUCCACGAGCAUCGUGUUCAGCAGCAGUCGGGACGACGACAGCGGCGGCGGCGGCGGUCUCCUCGAGGCGGUGAAUCCGCCCGCUGGUCCCACACACUUCUCUCGAGAGCCUUCCCCCCGUGCUUUCGCCACCGUGGCUGACGAGAUGGCAGAGGAGGUGUCCCUCGUGGCCAAGUAUGACUACAUUGCUCAGCAGGAGCAGGAGCUCAACAUCAAGAAGAAUGAGCGUCUCUGGCUCCUGGACGACUCGAAGUCCUGGUGGCAGGUCCGCAAUGCGCAAAACCAGACCGGGUUUGUCCCAUCCAACUACGUGGAGCGCAAGAACAGCCUCAAGAAAGGCAGCUUUGUCAAGAACAUGCUGGGCAUCGGCAAGGUGAAACGCAAGCCUAGCAACUGCGAGGGAGGCGCGGCGGCAAGCCCCAGUUCCACGUUGGACUCCGGGCCCGACGGAAGCCCCACGGAAACCACCCGAGCCCUCAGCCUCCCCGCCAUCGUCAAGUUCAACUACGCGGCCGAACGCGAUGACGAGCUCUCGCUCAUUAAGGGCGCUCGCGUCACCGUGCAGGAGAAGUGCAACGACGGCUGGUGGCGGGGGUCGUGCGACGGCCGCGAAGGCUGGUUCCCUUCCAACUACGUGGUGGAGGAGGUCGUGGAAGGAGGAGGGGGAGGAGGAGGAGGAGGAGGGAUGGGGCGUCUCGACGCCGGCGCUGCGUCUCCUCGCCUGGGCACGGCGCUCGCCGCGGCGCUGUCGGCCACCAACGGAAACCGCGGCGGAGCGUGCGUCUCCCCAGCGUGCCCACAGGUGCUGCACGUGGUGCACGCCAUGUACCCCUUCAGCUCCGGCAGCGACGAGGAACUCGGCUUCAACAAGGGGGAGGUCAUGGACGUGCUGGAGAAGCCCGAGGACGAUCCCGAGUGGUGGCGCUGCCGCAAGUCGGACGGGCGCGUCGGGCUGGUGCCACGCAACUACGUGCAGGUGGUGCCCGACUCUCCCGGCCAGCGAGCUCACAGCGCGGCGGUGCUGGCCGGCUGCCUGGGCCCGGCAUCGUCGGGCCAGUUUGCCGGGCGGCCCUGGUACUAUGGCCACGUGACACGACAGCAGGCGGAAGACGCCCUCAAUGAGCGCGGAGUCGACGGAGACUUCCUGGUGCGCAACAGCGAGUCGUCGCCCACAGACUUCUCCGUCUCCCUGAAGGCGACGGGCAAGAACAAGCACUUCAAGGUGCAGCAGAACGGCAACGAUUUCUGCAUCGGCCAGCGGCGCUUCAGCAGCAUGGCCGACCUCAUCGAGCACUACAAGCGGGCCCCCAUCUUCACCUCAAGCCAGGGCGACAAGCUUUACCUCAUCCGGCCGCUGCCCUGAGCCGCGGGCGCCGAGAAACGCGACCGAUCGUCGUCGCUCACGCUGACUCUGUGACGCCGGAUCACCCACCCCCGUCCCCCCCCCCUUCCCCCGCCACCUCUCGGCUCCGACCGCUCGCGAUUGGCGCCGCCACCGUCGUCCAUCGCCCCACCCCUCCCACCCCUCCCCCGACCCCAGCUCAUCUUGCCGUGUUCUCCCCGCGACGCCGCCGAACAAAACCAUUUUGACGCGAGGGCCCGGCUUUGUUAUACUCAGCCGUCGGGGUGGGGGGGGGGGGGAGUGGCCCGCUCACUUCCUCCGUGGCUCCCAGCGGCCCUCCCGGCUCGACCACCUGCCCGUCAAACUCCACUCGACUACCCCCCCCCCCACCCACAGCCUCCCAAAAUCCCCCAGGGCCCCCCAGGGCCCCCCAGGGCCCCACCUCGUGCUCGCUGCUUUUCUGGGCGCACAUGUCCGUUCCCCUCUGCUCUGCGGGUUUGGCGUUUUCCGAGCAGAAGAGAACUGUCUUAAACAACAAAAGUGUUAUUGUUGAUAUUGUUAACAUUGUUCGAAUAGUGUUUGUGAAACGUUCUGCUUAUUAUUAUUAUUUUAAUUAUGAUGGGUUUUGUUUUGGUUGGGGGGGACGGGGGGUGGUGGUGGUGGGCGGGGGGGGGGGGGUGUUUCUGUCCGCCAAUUCGCCGUGGCGCCAAUUUCCGCCAACGCCCAUUCGCUUCGCGUGCGUGCCGUGCGAUUGAAGGGGGAGGGGCGGGGGGGGGAGGGGAGACGUAAACAAGAAGCAACACCUCUGGGCGAUUGUAAGUAACAAAAAUCCACAAUCCAGACGGGCGAAGAAAAGGAACAAUAUACAGGGCCGGAACCGGACGCGGAAAUGACGAUGGCAAGCGACGAACGGCGGGGGACCAUCGGCAGCGGAGGGGAGAACGGCGCCCCCCAAUCGACUGCGUCCCCCCCCCCCGCCCCCAGGACACCACUCGGCCCUUGCGACGUCGGUCACGGUGCGGUGCUUUUGUAUCUCCCUUCCCCCUCCCCCGCCGCGGAUUGUAGCAGAAGAUUUGGAACUUUGACGACGAUGGGCGGCCGCUAGGGCAGCGUGGUUGUGAUGAUGUUCUCGGAAGGGGGGUUCACGAGGAGGUGCGCGACGCGAGCCAAUUUGCCGAGCCACGCCGCUCCGAGCCACGUGAUGCCGAGCCACGCCGCUCCGUGCCACGUGAUGCCGAGCCACGCCGCUCCGUGCCACGUGAUGCCGAGCCACGCCGCUCCGUGCCACGUGAUGUUGCCGCAUUGUGCCGCGCCGCGCCGCGUCUUGCCGAGGAACGCCGUCGUCCUGCUUGCCCCACAGUACCAAACCUAAGCGUGCGACACCACGCCACCUCGUCAUGAUACCACACUACCACAGCUCUUCCUCUUGAUUACCACGCAGCCACGCCACACGAGAUCCUCAUUACAUGACCACACUACACCACAUUUAGACCGGCAUACAACAUCACACCGAAAUAACCACCGAACCACACAAACAUCGCAUCGCGAUACGGGAAAAACCAAACCACAGCACUCCCAUUUACCACGUCACCGGAUCGCACGGCGUCUCUCGGCUGCGCGUGGCGCCCGCGGCACUCCGGUGGAGUUUUGUCGCCCCCAGCUGCCGUGGGGGAAGUUUUGCUUCGAGCGUCGUUGGCGGCGAGGCCCGGGAUGUUGGCGACGAUGACGACGUUGGUGGCGGCACGGGACCCCUCGGCGUCGGUUCUCCCGAAGCGACGGAGCGGCCUUCAAUUCGGUCCGUCACUCCUCCGAUGCCACGGGCUUCCCCGGCAAACGCUCGCCCACUUGCUGACGCCCGCCUCGCCCUGAAGGCUCGUACUGGCUUCCUCCAUGCAUCGCCAGUGAUUGGGAGGGAGACUUAAGGAGAGUACUCCCUCUCUCUCUCCGUCUCUCUGCCCUUGCCGGCUACUCGGCAUUUUAGAAGUAACUUAACAUAGUCUGGUAUUAGCUGUGUUCUGAGAUUACAGAGUCAUGUGAUCUCCUCACUCGAUUACUUUUACGAUUUACUCUCUCUCUUGACUUCUUGCGCGAGGUUGGUUUAAUUCUCGGAGCGUGGCGGUGGUGUGCUUUCGAUGCAACGCGCCCCCCCCCCCCCCGCUGCCCUUGGUGGAUGACCUAUGUGAACGCUGUUGUGUGGUGGCAGCAACUCGGGCUGCCGAUGUCGCCGUAAAUUCCCCCCCCCCUUUUUUAAAAGUUGUUUUACGAGUAAUUAAAACAAUAAAAGUUAUUUUGAUUUAAAGCUUUCGUGACUGCAGGGAUUCAUAUCCUUGGUUCUUUCGGUAAAGUCACCACGUAGAAGGGAAACUUUACCGAAAGAACCAAGAAUAAUAAAAGUAAUAGGUAGUCGUGCAUCAGCCCGUGCAUGCUAAGGUAGCGGCAAUUUGAGUACAAACAAGCAACCGUUAUAAUGCAUAGCUUACACUCUUUAGUUCGGUAAAGUCACGUAGGUAGGAAAAAAUAAAUGAUCGCGACGUUUCGAUCGCCACACAAGCAACCGUCUUCGGAGGUGAGAGGUCGCUUGUGUGGCAAUCGAAACGUCGUGAUCGAUAACUUUUUCUACCCACGUGACUUUACCGAAAGAACUCAAAAGUAUGGAUUCCUGCAGUCACGAAAGCUUCAGAUCAAGAUUGAAUGCAUAGCUUUUUUGCUACAAUACAGUAAUAUCGUUGUGGUGAUUCAUCGUAAUAUGAUAACGUUCAUUCAUUACUGCCCAGCACUGAUCACUGAUGCUCCUUGGACACUGGUACAUUUGCGUGAAAAAAAGUCAACGAUAUCCUGCUUAAAA